AUGAGCGUCGGUCACAGACUUCGCCUCAGAGGCGAGCUCUGCAUGGGCUUCGGCUCCGUGCUCUCGCUCGCUGCGUUUCUGCUUCUUAUAUUCGUUCAUGUCGGGACGACCAAUACGAGCAGUACGCCGCGCAAGAUUGCGAUGGCGACGAUGAACGUCUCUGCAUAUGGCGCCGCAUUAGCAGUCGGCUUCGCGCCCGACCCCAUCCUCGGACUCUACGCCACAAACGCCUCCCUACCACUCGCCGAACGCCAAGGCAUCCGCGACAUGUACCAGUGGGGAUUAUACUCCUACUGCGCAUACUUGACCGUCAACGGCACCGGCCCAGUGUCGAGCGGAAACGGAACGUGCAGCAAUACGACCGCCGGAACACAAUUCCUGCCCUAUGACCAGUUGACGGCAGACAUGCCCUCGAACUACUCGAUGUUCACUGGCAGCAUUAUCACUGGCACAUCGUUCAGGGUUGAUGGUGGACUGGGCACGCAUACGAAGGACGCAUACUACUGUCUCAUCGUCGGGACAGUAUUGCUCUUCGUCUCGCUCCUACUAGGACUCUUCAAACGCACCUUCGCCCUAGUAUUCUCAUCCAUCCUCGCCUCCGUCGCGGCGGCGCUCGUAUGCGCGGGCGCCGGCUUAUGGACAGUAGCCAUAAGCCAAGCGCGCCAAAUCAACACGUUGCAGCUGGCCGGAAGCCUGACCCCGCUCGGCAUCUCCGUCGACUCGGGGCUCGGCCUUACGCUGACAUGGGCCGCGUUUGGUUGUAUGACUGCCGCGCUGAUACCGUACUGGAUCAGCUCGUGCACCUACCGCGGAUGA